AUGGUCGCCCCCAGAAAUACGGCGUUCGCGGAAGAGAGCGCAGAGGUGGAAGUGCUAUACGCCAACCUCGAUAAGCUCAAUGUCCUCACGAAGAAGAUUCAGGGCUCGAUGGUCCGAUUAGAGUCUGGAGGAAAUGUGGUGAAGCAUGCCAUUGGGCCGAUCUACAGCAACACCCAGUCGCUCCAAAUUACCAACACCAAUAUCGACAAGGUCAAUGAAGCUAUUGAACGUCUUCGCCAACCGCUCGAUGCGAAGGGCCGGGAAGAGGGUGUCAUCCGUGAUGGCCCGGAGAGCGCUGGGUUGUCGCAGUACCUUACGGCGAUGAGGCGCGUGGAAAAGGCGCUUGUGGACCUUAGCUCGACGAACUUGAAAUCUAAUCAAAAAGCCAUCUCAGAAUUUACUGGUUUAUUGAACACGGGGAGCGGGAAGCUUCAAGACAUGUUCCGCGGCAUGCUGAGCGAUCAUGUUACUCCUGUCGAACCCCUACACUAUUUGACGAAAGAACUUCCGUUCCCAUCGAUUCCCGAAGACACUCUCGCCGAACUCGCCCCUAUAUGCGCGGCAAUCAGCUCAGCAGCCAACCAUGGAUCACGGAAAAACGAAGAUGACAACCCCGCAUUGCAGAUAUAUGCCGAAAUUCGCGGACCGUACAUCAAUUCGAGCCUACAAAACCUUGCCAUAGCAUCGCUCAAUACUGUCAAGCGAAGGGCUACUGAUGGUCCAUACAAGCAGGGCACCAACGGUAUCGGAAUCUAUUCCAAUGCGCUGGAAGGCUUCAUAUAUGCGGAGCAUGAAAACAUAUCGCAACUUUUCACAGGAGAUCAACGGGGAUUGGCCCUGCAGGCAACGUGCCGCUCGGCAAUGGCCGAGUAUUCGAAGACGUUGCGUGAACUCAACCAAUACAUCAAAGCUAAUCUUAUGACGGAUUGCUUCCUCGCUUUUGAGAUUAUUGAGAUCGUUACGGCCAUGUCAUAUCGUGUGGAAUCAAAGACUGGAGAGCUCAAAAGCUUGUUCAUCGAAGCUCUUAGGCCCGUCCGUGAAACCGCGAAAUCAUCCUUGUCUGAACUGCUCGAGGAGACAAAACGCAAGGCGUCGAAUCUCCCUGUUCUUCCACCUGAUGGUGGAACUGUACCGCUAGUCAACGAAGUCAUGAGCUCGCUGUCCACCUUGACUGCCUAUUCUGGGCCGCUGGCUUCCAUCCUGACGUCCCUUGGAGAUGGGAACUGGCGCUUCACAUCGAACACAUCGGGCACUGCUCCAUUAGAUGUCAGUCCUGACAGCUCGACGCUUUUAUCGCAUUUCAUCUUGGAUAUGAUUGAGGCUCUCCUGUUUUCACUUGAGACACGGGGCCGUAACUUCCAUCGCACAAAGGCUGCUCAAGGUGUUUUCCUCUCUAAUGUCUUCUGUAUUGUCGAUCGCUUCAUCCGACAGAGCCCCGAGUUAGCGCGCUACCUUGGGUCACCAGACAGUAUUGCGCGAGUUGAUAGUUUCCGGAAGCGUGCUACGUCCACCUAUCUGGAUGCCUGGAAGGAAACGUCACAUUUCCUUCUCGAUGUGCAGUAUACUUCUCGAGGAGCGGGCAGCUCAACCAGGCCGACAUCGAGUGGCGCUGUGGACUCGGCUGCUAUUCUCAAGUCACUCCAUUCCAAGGACAAAGACGCUAUCAAGGACAAAUUCAAAUCCUUCAAUGCCAGCUUCGACGAGCUGGUAUCGAGGCAUAAGUCGCUCUAUAUGGAACGAGAGGUGCGCUCUGUGUUGGCACGCGAGAUACAGGCUGUUCUGGAGCCAUUGUAUGCACGUUUCUGGGACCGGUACCAUGAGGUCGACAAAGGCAGAGGCAAAUACGUCAAGUACGACAAGACGUCUCUGUCUGCGCAACUGGCAGCUUUGGCUUAG